AUGGCACCAGAGGAAGAGAAAAAACCUGGGAUUCCACGUAAGAUAGAAAGAGUUGAUGAACUUAUUGUAAAAUGUCAAUGCUGGGUAAAGAAAAAUGACGAACAACGUUUGGCAGAAAUUCUUUCUAUCAAUUCUAGACGAUCUCCACCCAAAUUUUAUGUCCAUUAUAGUGAUUUUAAUAAGCGUUUAGAUGAAUGGGUUACGACAGAUCGUAUUAUUUUAGAAAAAGAGGUGAUAUAUCCUAGACCACCAUCACCUGAAGAUGAAAAAAUACCCAAUCGCAAAAAGAAGCAAAAGAUUAAACAGAGCCAGUCAACUUUAGAUCUUGUGGAAUCUGCUACCUUGAAAUCAACCAAUGCCUCCAGACCAAAUACCCCUGCACCUGGUACUCCAGGUACACCCGGCGAAUUAGAUCUUGAUAACUUGGAUGUCCAGGGUUUAAAAGGUGAAUUAAUAUCACAGGAAGAUGAAAUCAAAAAAUUAAGAACAUCAGGAUCAAUGACUCAAAAUCCACAUGAAGUUGCAAGAGUUCGAAAUUUAAAUAAAAUCAUUAUGGGUAAGUAUGAAAUUGAACCGUGGUAUUUUUCUCCAUAUCCUAUUGAGCUAACUGAUCUAGAUAUCAUAUAUAUUGACGCAUUUACAUUACAAUAUUUUGGCUCAAAAAAACAAUAUGAACGCUACAGAAAGAAAUGUACACUCCGACACCCCCCUGGAAAUGAGAUUUAUAGUGAUGACUAUGUAUCAUUUUUCGAAAUUGAUGGGAAAAAACAACGAACAUGGUGUAGGAAUUUAUGUUUAUUAUCUAAACUAUUUUUAGACCAUAAAACAUUGUAUUAUGAUGUCGAUCCAUUCUUAUUCUAUUGUAUGACAAGAAAGGAUGAAAUGGGACAUCAUUUGGUAGGCUAUUUUUCCAAAGAAAAAGAAUCUGCUGAUAAUUAUAAUGUUGCAUGUAUUUUAACAUUACCACAAUAUCAACGAAUGGGGUAUGGUAGAUUAUUAAUUGAAUUUUCAUACGAAUUAUCUAAAAAAGAAAACAAGGUUGGUUCACCUGAAAAACCAUUAUCUGAUUUAGGUUUAUUAUCAUACAGAGCCUAUUGGACAGAUUCUCUAAUUAAACUACUUGUAGAGCAUGGUAGUGAGGUCACUAUUGAUGAAAUUAGUUCAAUGACUUCUAUGACAACAACAGAUAUACUGCAUACAGCAAAGACUUUAAAUAUUUUAAGGUAUUACAAAGGUCAACAUAUCAUAUAUUUGAAUGAUGAGAUUAUUGAAAGGUAUGAACAAUUGAAGGCCAAGAAGAGAAGAGGUAUUGACGCUGAAAAAUUGAUAUGGAGACCACCAGUAUUUACUGCAUCACAAUUAAGAUUUGCAUGGUAA